UGUGUUGUUCGCUUUUGGGGUGAUAUCAUUUUGAUUAUACCUAGGAUAUAUAUAUCUCGCACUCACUCUCCUCAAAGCAACGGAAACAGAAAACAGAAAGCCAAUAUGACGACGACGACAUAUACACUCAAAUAUGACGCCGAGUUCGCAAAGGCGCUUGAACCAUUUCUGCCUGCUCUGGCAGGAAGAGAAAAACCGAAAAUACAUGACCUAGAGGCACGCAUUCCUAAUAUUAGUGCCUUUGUCGGCUUAAUCAUGUCUCAAAUCCCUGAAGAACCUGAUGUCGAAAGUGAAAUCCACCAUACAACAGCCGAGGAUGGACAUCAGGUCCCCGUGCAUGUAUUUCGGAAGAAAAAAGAUAGCGAUACAACCACAACCUCAACCUCAACCUCACCAACCGCUGCAGUAUUGCACGUCCACGGCGGUGGAAUGUUCCAAGGUUCACCACAGGAAGUUGGAAAAGCGAUUGCGCGAUACGUGGGGAUGAGUUCAAUUCCGUUUUUCAGUGUCGACUAUCGUCUCGCACCGGCAGUCACGGCCACCACCCUGGUGGACGAUUCGUAUGCCGGUCUACUCUGGCUUCAUCAGAAUGCCUCGAAAUUCAACGUCGAUCCCGCCCGUAUCAUCGUCAUGGGUGAAAGUGCCGGAGGCGGCAUUGCGGCCGGGGUGGCCCUCAAGGCUCGUGACGAGGGUCUUUCUCCGCCGCUGGCGAAACAACUCCUGGUCUAUCCGAUGUUGGAUGACCGGAACAAUAAGCUCAACACUGCGAUGGAACCCCUGGCUUUCUGGCAAGUUGAAGAUAAUAUCACGGGUUGGUCGGCGUUGCUGGGGAAAGAUAAAGCUGGGGAUCCAGGUGCGGAUGUCUCGUAUUAUGCAGCGCCGGCGCGAGCGCCUAGUUUGAAGGGCUUGCCGCCAACGUAUAUUGAUGUGGGAUCUUUGGAUUAUUUCCGCGACGAAGAUUUGGCGUUUGCUGGACGCUUGGCUGCGGAGAAUAUUGAGACGGAGUUUCAUCUCUACCCUGGAGUGCCGCAUGGGUUUGAAGGGCUGGCGCCAAACGCAAGUGUCAGUCUUCGAGCAGCAACGAACAGACUCAAGGCAUUGAUGAGCGUCUGAGAGAGGUGUAGGGAUAAUGCUGGUGGCUCAGCGAUAUGAUUGAUCUUUUAGGAAGAAUGCAUCUUCUUCAAUAAGGAUAGACCGCCCGGGUCCGUCAUCCUGUCCAACCCUGUCCAAGGACAUAUUUCCUUUUUCCCGCUUCGUCGGUGUUCAAGAUUAAUG